GAUGAUGUGACGACUAUCUUCGUGGUCGGAUUCCCUGAUGACAUGAUGGAGCGUGAGUUCCAGAACAUGUUUACCUUCUCACCGGGUUUUGAGGCUGCAUCGCUCAAAUGGCACUGCAAGGACCAAGAUGAUGACUCAACUGGCUUGAGCAAUGGCAAAAAGCAGAUGAUCGGAUUUGCACGUUUCCGAACCCGUAUGGAGGCUAUGGAAGCCGUAGAGGUCUUGAGCGGCAAGAAAAUCGACCAGGACAAGGGAGCUGCGCUCAAGGCUGAAAUGGCCAAGAAGAAUCUACACAUUAAACGAGAAUCGGCAUCAGCGUCAGCAUCAGCGUCAGCAUCAACAUCUGCCUCGACGUCGACUUCAACUUCGACCUCUGCCAAUUUACCUGUAACAGAAAGUGCACCACCACCACCACCACCAUUAAACAUGCUUUCUAAGAAAAUGAGCAUCCACCACGCACUUGCUUACGAAUCCUUUUCUCCUCUUCCUAGUGAUCUGCUUUCACCUGCAGAUUACAAGACAGAUCCAUUCAUUUUUUCGUCUCCUAGCUUGCGUGCCUCUAUCAGCAACCCUGCCGAUCAAAACCCUCCCUGUAAUACACUUUAUGUCGGCAAUCUUCCCGCCAACUCAAACGAAGAUGAACUACGUCUUUCAUUUGCGAAGUGCAGAGGCUAUAAGCGCAUGUGUUUCCGUAAUAAGCCACAAGGACCAAUGUGCUUUGUAGAAUUUGAAGACGUUGUAUUUGCCACUCAAGCUAUGAGUGAAUUGCAGGGCCAUAUGCUGACAAAUUCAGUCAAGGGUGGAAUUCGACUUUCAUUUAGUAAGAAUCCA